UGUAAUGAUAAUAUGAUAUGAGACUAACUAACUUCUCCAUUUUCAUUUUCAUUUCCAUUUCCACAGCCAUCGGAAGGGACAAGGAGACAUUUGACCAUGGAUUUAUAAGACUUUGAAAACUCCGAAGCAGCCUCGUUCCUUGUUCUUGUUAACAAAAAAAUUCACUUUUUUUUUCUUCUCAAAUUUUAAUGCUACUGUAUUAAUUAUUAAUAUUAUUAAUUAUAAUUAUUGUUGCACAAAAUAAAACACAAGGCACACACUUUUUCUCAAAGAAAAGGAAGCAUCCACUUUCUCUUCUUCUUCUUCCACCUGGUUCUUCUGAAAACAAAGUUUUUGUGAGUGCCUCAAAUAUCAUCAUCACCCAGAUCAGUGCCAUAAGACCCUACUCAUAAGCAACCAUAAAGUCUUCAACUUUCAGAUUUUGCAGAGCACUCAUAGACUCUUGAGUGAAAUCCUGUUAUAUUCAUGAGUGGAACAACUCAAUUGAAGUGAUUCACUGAAAAGUUUUACCCUAGUCUCUGAGGUACUAACAACUGAAGCUAUUGGAUUUUUCCAGUUUCAACAAAGUUCCUUAGAUCUCUUGGUCAUGGCUGGGAAUCAAGAUCAGUUGGAGAUCAAGUUUAGGUUAAUUGAUGGUUCUGAUAUUGGCCCCAAAAGUUUUCCUGUUGCCACUAGUAUUGCAACAUUGAAAGAAAGUAUUGUUGCUCAGUGGCCAAAAGAUAAGGAGAACGGACCAAGGACCGUAAAAGAUGUGAAGCUAAUUAGUGCAGGAAAAAUAUUGGAGAACAACAAAACAGUUGGGGAAUGCCAGAGCCCAUUAUGUGAUGCACCCGACACAGUCACAACGAUGCAUGUGGUUGUGCAACCACCAACUAUGGAAAAAGAUAAAGAAUACUCAACUUGGCGACGAUCACAAAGCUACUUGUUCCAAGACUUGUCUGCAUGCGGCCGGUCAGCCAUAAAUUUCUUACACAGUUUUCAUAGGAGAUGGUUUUGUAUUUUUGUUGCUGGUCCCAGCAUAUAGGUGUUGCCUCACUCAGUCACUUGGUAUAGUUGAUUUGAAAAUGAACACUCUCUGCCAGCUUGUCAUCGUGUCCCACACAUAUAUAUAUUUUGAAAUUCUUCUUUUGAUGCCUGUGUGUUUGAUGCAAAAGAAAAAAUGAAAAAAAAAAGAAGAAAAAUUCAAACUUGAACUUGUUGAAUAUUUGAAUGUGCUUUUUAAUUUGGUACUCUUGUAUAGCAGUUGAGACAGAAAUAGUGCUUUUACUACUACAGUACUAUUCUCUAAAAAAUAUGGUGGUUUGAAGCUUGAUUCCCCUUGGCCUCCAACUUUAGGGUAUUUGGUUGAGGGAGAAAAACAGGAUGAAAUCUUCAUUUAUAAAUUCCAUGUAUAAUAGAACACGUGGAAAUAGAAUGGAGAGGCUUAUGAGGUGUUGCAUUUGUUUUGCAAUUUAUGUCUUUCAAGGAAGGAAAAGCAAGUUCUGACUACUUUAAAAGUUAAAACUAUGUUAUGCCCAUUUUUACCGUGGUGGUUAUUUCUAUAAAGAUGUCUUUUUUGGAAGAUGAUACUA